GGUAAUUUGCGCCGACGAACAUCACCAUCAAGAAGGCCUGUCACAGCCUCCCACCAGCUUCCGCAUACCUACCUGUAUGUCACCUGUGUCUGCAAGCCAGGCCCGUCUGACAUAUUGAACCUGACCCGUUUCUACACAGCGCCUGUCUGUCUUGACGCCCAUCACGCUGUCGUCCCUCUAUUGGGAGGAAAAUGUCAGAAAGAAUUACCGACGAGCAGGUCGCCGACCUCAUCACCCUCCUACUGCGCAGCGAUGCCUCGGUCGAUGCCAAGGUCCAGCAGGUCACAGCGAUCAAGUCAAGUAUCAAGCAACAAACAGUACCCGAAUCCUGUAUAAUACCCGUAUUUGACGCGCUGCGCACAGCGUCCAGUUCUCAGCAUGCCAACCUCGUCAAUGCCGGCUUCACUGCGCUCAAUCACCUGUUCACCAGACUCUCGCGACAGGAUCCAAAGGCGCUGGCAAAGGAGGGUGUCCGCACACUGCCCUUGAUUAUUGAGAGACUUGGCGACCAGAAAGAGAAGUUCCGCCAGCUGGCGCUUCAAAUACUGGUCACCCUGUACAAAGUUGCGCCCGUCGAGGUUGAGCGCUCUGUGCGCAACACAGCCAUGGUUGGCAAGAACCCACGGGCAAAAGAGGCCAGCCUACAUUGGCUACUCCAGAUGCAUCAAGAGCAUGGCCUCCAAUUUCGUGCCUACGUCCCGACCCUGAUGGAGCUGCUUGAGGAUGCUGACGGCAUGGUACGCGACGUGGCCAAGUCGACAGUCAUAGAGUUGUUCAAGAACGCACCCAAUGCCGCAAAGUCAGACCUGAAGAGACAACUAAAAAGUUUCAAGGUUCGCCCGGCCAUUGAGCAGGCGAUUGUCAAGGAGCUCAUUCCCACGAGCGCGGCUCCAGCUUCACAGAUGGACAAUCCUGAAGAGCCAGCGCCGUCCCGCCACAACCUCGCUGCGAGCGUAUCCUCCACGUCCCACCGCCCAGUGACUCCCGGGCUGCCAGAAAGUAACCGUCCCGAGCCUGUGGAACCGUCAUACGUGAACACAUUGCGCGAGCUCGACGAGAUCCUAAAAGAGAUGCAUUUCCACUUUGAGGGCAAGGAGACGGAGCAAAACUGGUUGAAGCGGGAGGAGAGUAUAACCAGGCUGCGGAGACUCAUUGCUGGCAACGCGGCUACCGAUUUUCACGAUCAAUAUCUCACCGGCCUGCGAGCGUUGUUGGACGGCAUCAUCAAAGCUGUCGUUUCGCUGCGGACAAGUCUUUCCAAGGAGGGCUGCAGUUUGGUCCAAGACAUCGCCCGAGUCUACGGCCCAGCAAUGGAUCCCAUGGUAGAGUUGCUCAUGCAGACGUUCAUUAAGCUGACAGCCGCCACCAAGAAGAUUGCCUCCCAGCAGGCAAACACUACCGUCGAUACCAUUGUCGCACGGGUUUCCUACAAUUCCCGGAUUAUGCAGCAUAUCUGGGGCGCAUGCCAGGACAAGAAUGUCCAGCCGCGACUCUAUGCCUCUGGCUGGCUGAAGACACUGUUGAACAAGGAAGCUCACCACAAGAAUCACGUGGAGCACACAGGGGGCCUGGACCUGAUCGAGAAGUGCAUCAAGAAAGGCCUCGCCGAUGCCAAUCCUGGCGUGAGGGAGAAGAUGCGUGCGACUUACUGGACCUUCGCGAGCAUCUGGCCGGCAAGGGCCGAGGUUAUCAUGAGCGGACUGGAUUCGACCGCGGCGCGGCUGCUGCAGAACGAUCCCAACAACCCCAACCUGCCCAAGAAGCCGGAAGGGGCCGCUCGGCCUGGCCUGGGUUUGUCGAAGAGCACAAUGGGCCCCCCGAAGCCGAGCAUUCGGGAUGCGAUUGCUCAGAAGAGAGCCAUGGCGACUACCAAGGCCCUUCCCGCCCGACCUGGUUCUGCCAUGUCACAUUUCUCGCCCGUCAGGACUGUGUCGGGUUCAACCCAAACGGCGGCAGCAACAACGACCUCCACGGUGCGCACAAGGCCCGAGUCAGCCAUCAUAACCUCUACAGGCGGGAUUUCAGGUGCGCCGUUGAGACCGGGGAGAAGGAGGCCUGAGAUGGCGGCCCGGCCAGCCACUGCGGGACCGUACUCGGUUAGAAGCCAUGACCAACCUUCAAUAGAGCAGCACAGUCCGCCCAGUAACCCCAAAACGAAAGCCGUCACGCCAAAGUCAAUCACUUCAUCACCAAAACGGACGGUCCCUAAAAAUGUCCGGCCGUGCCAAGUUGCAAGUCCGAGCGAGUCACACCUCCCAGCACCGAUGAGGGCGGGGACACCGAGUCAUUUUGGAUCUCCCCGGACCACUCCCACAAGAUUCGUGGCGCCGCCUGUGGUACCGCCCUCGAGCAGCCCCUCCAAGGGACACGAGGAUCUCACUUUGGUCGUGCCGACCGUGACGGCCCAGAGGACCUCGCCUCAAGAGGAACAGCCUCCUCAAAGCCCGGUGGAGGACGUUCAAACGAACUUGAGCCCCGCUAGCACGCCUUCACGAUCUACUAGAUCCCCUACUGUUGCGCCGACCAGCCCUCCUCAGGUCAUUCCGUCCGCUUCGAAGGGUGAAAGUCCCGUGGCUGCUCCGCCACCGUCGGUUGAGCCUCCUACACCUUCUCCGCCUAGCCCGCCACGCUUGGAGGUGUAUGAAGACCCGUUCACCAGGGAGCAACAGCUUACACCAACGGCCAUCUUUACCGGCCCGGUUCUGGAGGAUCGUCCCGUCAACGAGGACGCCGCAAUCUUGCAGCAGGCAGUCCAGCUUCAACCCCAGCAGAAUGGCGAAACCAACGGCGUCGCUGUGUCACCGGAAAAGAUCAGACAGAACCUGCGCCUGCUUGACAGCGGAAUUGCCAAAGUCCAACAAAAGUCGCUUGACGUACACGGUUUCCGCAAGCUCCAAAGCAUUAUCCGCGACAGCGAUACCAAAACGGCCGCCGGCGCCCCGCUGCUCAACGACGACAGGUUUGACGCCCUGGUGUCGGGCCUCUUUGAUUUCCUCGAGUCGCCUCUCACCAACUUAGCCCCCGAAAAGGCGCAGGACGUCAAGGCCCAGGUAUUGGCGACCAUUAAGCUGCUGCUCAAACGCAUGCGCCACUCGUUCCAGCCGCACGUGUCGCGCGGCCUGGAGAACCUGCUGCGCGCCCGCGCCGCCUAUGACGGGCGCACGCACAUCGUCAGCGGGCUGGAGCUGCUCGCGUCGGAGCUGGCGAACCUCGGCGACACGAGCGAGAUCGUGCUGGUGCUCUGCCGCAUGCUCGGCGCCAUGGACGUGGAGAACGGGCCUACUUCUUCAGGCGCCGGCAGGUCGCUCAGCAUGGGCCUGCACGUCCUCCGGGAGAUGAUGGACGCGCGCGGCGGGGGGUUCAGCCCCAGCGAGGCCGAGCUCGAGGCCCUGGCCGGCCUGGCGGGCAGGUGUCUGGAGAGUUUGGAGUCGGCGGUUCGGAUGGACGCGGUGCUACUGUGUGUUGCGUUGCAUGCGAGGGUUGGGGAUGCUAGGUUCUGGGGCGCGGUCAAGGGGGUCAAGGAGGACCCAAAGAGUCUGAUAACUUAUUAUAUUGUGAGGCGGCAGAGGGAGGUCGGCGCCGCAGGGGUUGCGCAGGUGGUUUGAGCGACCCUGGCGGUUUUCUGUCUUGGGUCUCAUUGUGCUGGGUGGUGGAACAUGAGGUUAACUUGUUGUUUUUCUCUCCCUCUCUCUCUUUUUUUGGGAAAGGAGGGCUCGUCAUGUCCCACUCUUACGGCAUUGUAUAAUCACGACACUAGGGCUGGAAGGGGGGGGGAUGCAAGCGGGAAAGAGAGCGUGGCGUCUUUCAAGGGUUUGUGGUUGGUUGCCACCGACGGCUGCGCUGGUUCGGCGUUUCCUGGUUAUGCCUUGACGGAAAGACUUGUUAAAUUGCCGGCCAUGAUCAGGUUACCUGGCGUUCAGGGCUUUCUGUUGGUUUUCUUAAUAUACAUACUGCUGAGCUAGUUUACUAUUGAACUCCC